AUGAAAGCAUUUGCAUUAGCCGGCUUUCUUGGCAUAGCGUAUGCUUUUUCAAAAAACAUUGAAUCUAUUUAUAAAGAAUCUUUAAAUCCAUUACAAAAUCCACCACAAAAUCCACCACAAAAUCCGUCACAAAAUCCAUUAUUGUAUAUAACUGAAGGAAAUAUUUUUGCCUUAAUUCUAAAAAAUGCAAUGAAUACUGAAUGUAAAGCAAGGCUAAGAAAAUACUGUGAAAAUUUAAGAAAUAUGACUCAAAUUCUAGAAAGCUCCUUCCGUGUAUUAAAAGAACUAUGCGAAGAAAAAAAACUAGAUGAAAAGUGCGAUACUUUAAAAAAAACUAUUACAGAAAAAUGUACUAUACUUAAACAAAGUUUAAAAAGUAUCCGAAGUGAACCGUCCAUAAGUUCUUAUUGUUUGUAUGAAAAAGAAUGUAUGCGUAUAGAAGAAGCAUGUCCAAUAGAAGUUAAUGAAGAAUGCAAUUAUUUAAGAACAUCAUGUAGAAGAGAAAGAAGAGAUAAUCUGAAAACAGAAUUUCUUUUAAGAGUCUUAUCUGGCAAUUUGAAAACUCAAGAAGAGUGUGAGAAAAUAAUUGACAAAAAAUGUCUUGCAUUCAUGGGAGAAAGUGAUGAAUUGAUGGAGUUUUGUUUAAUUCCUUUUAAUAGGUGUAACGAACUUGUAAAAUUAAUAAAAGAAAAGUGUAGUGAUUUAGAAUUUAAAACAAAAUUUUUUAUCGAAAACAAUAAAAUAUCAAAAGAAGAAUGCACUUCAUUAUUUGAGGAAUGCAACUUUCAUGAAUCAGAUUGCGAUGGUAUUCAAAAUAUGUGUAAAGAAAUAAAAAAAAGAUGUGAGAAUAAAGUAAAAUACGAAGAUUUUUCUUUACCAUUUAACCCAAUAGGAAAAGAAAUUAUAUUAAUAGAAAAAGUUAGAAAAGAAAAAUUAUUCAAAGACGAAAUUGGAAAACCAGGGAUAAAAGAUACAAUUGAUCUUUUAAUAUUAUUAUCAAAUAAUUAUUUAAAUAGCUGCAAAACUAAUAUUGAAAAAUGUUAUAAACUUUGUAGCCUUUUACCUCAAUUAGAGGAUUUAUAUGACAACACUAAGAAGAAAAUGGAUGAAAGCAAAAAAGAAAUAUGCGAUACCUUAGAAAGAAGCUUGAAACCUAAAUGCAAAUCUUUUAAAUCAAAAUUAUAUGAUUUAUCACUAUCAGAUACUAACGAAGACAAUAAAGAUGCUACACUUAUAGGAUGGACCAAGCAAUCUACUAACUUUAAUGAAAAGCUUUGCAUAGAUUUAGAAUCAGAAUGUUUUUAUUUAAGGAAAUCUUGUAAUAAUGCGGGUAUUAAAAUGUCUAAUGCAUGUAUCAAUGUAGAAUCAACAUGUUUAAAAACACGACUUUUCAGAAGAGAAUAUCAACUAUUUCAGGGUACAUUAAAAGGAAAACUGCAUAAUUUAACAAAGAAUUCACUUAAAACGUGCAUAGAUGAACUAUGGACUCUAUGUGAGAAAAUAAUUAGCAGUAAUAAUCCUAUAUUAAUAGAUCUUUGUUUACACCCAUGGGAUACUUGUAAGGAGCUUGCAAAUGAUAUCGAAAGGCAGAGUAGAUGGCUUAGAAACGGUCUGGAUUGGAAAAGGGAUUUUCCAGAUGAAGAAGACUGCAAAAAACUAAAAGAGAAAUGUGAAGUGUUAGGACAUGAUUCAAAAAUGAACGACUUGCCAUGUUUUACACUGAAAGAACGAUGUAAUCAUUUGGAAAAUGCUAAGGAAUUCGAGGAAAUUUUGUUAGAAGAAAAAGUAGAAAAUUUAGGCAAUUUAGAUACAUGUAUAAAAAAAGUUUCAGAAAAAUGUAAUAAAUGGUCUAAAAAAAAGAGAACAAGAUUUAUUUUUUCGUGUAUACAAUUAGUCACUACAUGUCAAAUCAUUACUAGAGACAUUAAAUCUAAAUGUUCUGUAUUAGAAAAGAAUAUAGAUAUUGAAGACGUUCUAAAUCAAGUGAAGAAUGAUAAUGCAAGCGUAAAGGGCCCUACAUGUGAUUUAUGGGAGCCUUAUUGUGAUAAGUUUAUGUUGAGCUGUGAAAAACUUGUACGAAAUAAUGGAAAGAAUGGAAAAUGCGAAGAACUGAAGGAGAGCUGUAAAUCGUAUCGUAAAACACAAGAACAAGAAAUGAAACUUAUGUAUGAAUUAAGAGGAAGUCUCAAUAGCGAAAAUAAAUGUGAAUCAACCCUCAAUAAACACUGUUUGCAUUGGAAUAAAACGAAAAAUAAUACAUUCAAUAAUUUCUGUAAUAAUAACACUAAUACCAAAAAUAAUAUAACUAAAAGUAAACUGUGUGAAAAAUUACUAAAACAUGUAAAGGAAAGAUGUACAAAAUUGUUGACAAAAUUAAAUGACAUGGCAACAGAAAUAGAAAAAAGCAU